CCGGCCGGUGGAGAAGCGUCCCCGGUCCGAGCGUCUCGCAGCCCCGCGGAGCAGCGCCGCAGCCCCGCACGGAGCCUCGGAGGAUCCCGCGGGUCUGACGGAGCCUCCGGGGGAGAAACCUCCGCCGCAGCAGAGGCGGACCGACAGCAGAGCGCAUAACGGAGCGCGCGGGUCGGAGUUGAAGCCAUUUUUCCCCCGCAAACUGCUACGCCCCCCGCGGGGGGUCCGAGCGCCGCCGCCGUCAUGAACGUGGGCACGGCCCACAGCGAGGUGAACCCCAACACCCGGGUGAUGAACGGCCGCGGCAUGUGGCUGUCCUACGUGCUGGGCAUCGGCCUGCUGCACGGCGUGCUGCUCAGCAUCCCCUUCGCCAGCGUGCCGGUGGUCUGGACCCUCACCAACCUCAUCCACAACCUGUGCAUGUACCUCCUGCUGCACACCGUCAAAGGAACCCCGUUCGAGACCCCGGACCAGGGCAAGGCCCGCCUCCUGACGCACUGGGAGCAGAUGGACUACGGCGUGCAGUUCACCGCCUCGCGCAAGUUCCUCACCAUCACGCCCAUCGUGCUGUAUUUUCUCACCAGCUUCUACACCAAGUACGACCGGGUGCACUUCGUGGUGAACACCGUGUCGCUGCUCACCGUGCUCAUCCCCAAGCUCCCCCAGCUGCACGGCGUCCGGAUCUUCGGGAUCAACAAGUACUGACGAGGACGGGCCCCCCGGGAGCGCGCGGAGCUCCGGGCCCCCGCCGGGGAUCCGUGGCUCUGCUCCGACCUCCAGCUGUCCAGAUGACGCCCGCCGAGGACGGCGCCGCGGCGUCAUGGCGAGCCGGGGACGCUGCAGUGUGUUCAGACGCCCUGCAGUGUGUGUUCAGACGCCCUGCAGUGUGUGUUCAGACGCCCUGCAGUGUGUGUUCAGACGCCCUGCAGUGUGUGUUCAGACGCCCUGCUGUGUGUGUUCAGACGCCCUGCUGUGUGUGUUCAGACGCCCUGCAGUGUGUGUUCAGCCCUCCUCUCUCCGCCAGCGGCUGCAGCGCCUUAAUGAAACGGCGGGUUACUUCCUGCAGUGCUGCACUGAAGCCACACGGUUACAUUUAGCCGCCGCCGCCGCCGCCGCUCAGGCCACAACAGGAAGUUCAGCUACUUUUACCUCCGCAGCUCCAUGUUCGGACGCCUCCGGUCCCGGCUGGUUCCCCUGCAGGCCUCCCGUCUGCUCGAGGUCAAAGGUCACAUGGCCACUCAGACAGAAACAGGAAGUGGAAUCAGCAGGUUAAUACAGUCCAACAUGAGAGAUCUGAACCUGAGAAACCUUCACCGGGAUCGGGCUCAAUGUUCUCCCUGAGCGUCUCUGUUCACCUCCUGUCAGCUCCUGCAAAACAUCCCUGUAGGAGGGCUGAGUUAAUCGCAUUAACUGCAGUUAAUUCAUGUCCGGCUGUCAAAAGAUGAACUUUUUAAAUCACAGUCACUGAAAUGUGACAAUCUGGCUCUUUAUUUUUUCAAUUUUGAAAACUGACAGACCUUGUAUGAAGUUGGUCUGUAAGGCGCUUUAUUUUGAAAGAAAAUCAAAAAGGUCAAAGAAGGAAAUUAAUUCUCGUUCAUUGUGUUUAGUCAAGUUGCAGCGAUCAGACCGAUCGGGUCGAAUGUAAAUGAAUUUAGAUUAAUUUCAGAUAAAUGUAUCUUGAAUCGAUGAAUGUUUUCGGCUUAAAACUGAACUGGAAAGUAAAACCUUUAAAAUGUUUAAAACUUUGAACAUUCAGUUCAAAACACGAUUAACUAUGGAAAAUCUGAAAUUAACUGCAAUCAGGACAUUCUUUUGACAGCCAUGAUAAACAGUCGGACCCGUUUCCACGACGACGUUUCAGCUCGAAACGCGUUUUAGGAAAAUUUCACAUCUCCAUGGAAACCGCUGGGAGCGAUGUUGUUUUCUUAUCGGGCCGUCUCCAUGGUGACGGAACCCGAGUGUUUCCAGAACGUUGUUGUCAGUGACUCUGAGCUCCGUCGUCAUGGCGACGAACAGCCGCAGCGCAGCGGCAGAGUUGAGGUCAGGAGCCGGGAGUCGCCCUGGGUCCAGGUGUGAGGGUCCGGGGUCUAGGUCCGGUGUUCCAGGUUCUGGGUUUGUCAGUAAACUUCAUAAAGGGCUUUUUUUUCAAGACGUGCUGAGAGCCUGUGUAGCCGCAGAACCGCCUGGUUCUCCGGUUCUCCGGUUCUCCGGCUCUCUCCUUCCAGAUGCUGGACUGUUGGAAACUCUUCCUGAAGCUGAGCGUUGACCCGAUGCGGAGCCGCCGCCGCCGCCGCCGCCGCUCCUCCAGACUCCUCCUCGUGCUGAUCUUCUGUCUUCCGUCUGAACUGUGUGGACGUCAACGUUCUCAAGCCGGUUCUCCGUGAUGUCAGUGGAACGUAGAGAUACGCUCGGUAGAAAAGGUUCCCCCCCAGCGAGCCACGCCUCCUCGCCACGGCCGUCUGAACGGGACUCUGGAGAACUGUUCCCGUGAGGAACCUGUUGGAGGGUGGAGAUGGACUCUGGGGGUGUGGCACUGUUCUCCACUGGGCGGCGCCACAGAGCCCCGCUUCCUUUACUUUUGUUCUUUCAAAAUAAACCUCGGUACGGAGAACCGGCAGCGCCGUGGUUCCUGAGGAUCUGUGAGGGCGAAUCCCUUCUGGAGGACUGGCGCUCUGUUUCUCUCUCCAGCCUCAGGCCAAACCAGCGGUUCGAUUCCUCGCUGCGCUCUGCUCUUCCUGACAGACGGGUUUCCUACUCUGCACUUGGCAGUAAAGUGGUAUUUUACCAGAACUGAACCAAAUAAAAGUGGA